GAGGUGGGGGAGGUGAUAUAAUGAGCCAGUGUGUGGAAAUGUCAUUCUUGUUCCGUUUCACACACAAUUAUGUGAACUGUAUCUUCUCUCCCUUGAGCUAUGAAAUGCUGAUGUGAGAGGGAGAUUGAAGUUUUGAAGUUUGCAGUGUCAAUAGGGCGUGUAUGUAAGCAUGUGUGUGUGUGUGUGUGUGUGCACUCCCUGUUGAGUCGUGUAGUGGGUGACACAUUCAGCUGUAGUCAGGAAUGCUACCCUGUGAGAAGAGGAAAAGAGGGAGAAAACAACAAUGGGAGGGGGAGGAGAGAGAAAGAGAGAGAGAGAGAGACACAGAGAGAGACACACAGAGAGAGAGAGAGACACAGAGAGAGAGAGAGAGACACAAAGAGAGAGAGAGGACGAGAGGUUAAACCAGUGUGACAGGUUUGCGUCACUGUACGUGUACACACACUCCAUCAUGCAAAGCUGAUGGAAGGGGAAGAGAUUGAGAGGAGUUAGGAGCUGAUGUCAUUGCAGAGCGCUGCCUUCAUUCAUGGCAACACACUAGUGGAGUAGGACACGUAAAGAAGUCACUCGAGAAGGCAAUGGGAGCUGUUCGCUGAAGUCGUGCCGGGGUAACGGAAGACUGCGAGGGACAGAGGGACAAGAGAUCAAGAAGAGGAGACCAGAGGAGUCGUCUCUUCUAGACCACAGAACAGAGAAUCGUCGGGGGCAUCGCUGAAUUAUCAAACUUUUUAAAUUUGUUUCUGUGCAAGAAGACUAAUGAGGGCUGUAACUGUGCCACCACCUCACUGAUUCUUACACACUCACAGCUGCUGCGUUCAGACAAACUGCUUCCAGAUUGCAGUCUGAAGGACAGCUGCUUGGAAUCGCUUAAAUAUCAAGUUCACUCUCCCGCUCUCUUUUUGGGAUUUGGCACUUGACAGCAGGUCGUUAACUUUGUUUACUCUCAGACAAUGGACUUGUCCAUGCACCCUGCUCCAGUGAGUGAGUACGACAAGCAGAGGACAGGACCGCGCUUCACUGUCCGCUCAGCUAACUCGCCCUCUUACAGUCUCACUCGCAGGCCAUGUGUCAGGAAACCCAGAUGUUUUUCAGUGGAGGAGAGGGAGAGCAAUGAGGAAGUUGGCGCGAGAGAGAGAUACGGAACACACGCUGGCAUAAAUGGUACAAACAAGGAGGAGGAUCACACAGUCGCUGGUUAUCAAGCCAGGACUGGGAAUCGCAGCGGUGUCAAAGGUCAGUGUGAGGAGAAGGAAACAAUAUCUACCAAGCUGAACCAGAAUGACACCACACACAAAACCACAGAGUUUGGUACUGACAGAAGUACAAACUGUAACCCUGCGUCUGAAAGUCGGGGCAGGACAGACUGGAGGACACAGGACCUGCCAAAUAGAAGUAAGAGUUUAGAUUGUAGAGCAGGGGCAUCGAGCCCCGAUCGGAGAAAAACGUCUGUCAUGUUCAUGUUGUCAACCAAACAAGGCUUGGAUGAAAGACGGCCUGGAGUUGAAGGCGUGAGGGGCAAGGUGAUGUCUUCAAUACAGGCCUAUAACUCUGCAGGUACAAGCAAUGUUGUUGACACGAGUCAGCCGUUGGACAGGGCCAGUAGGGGUCAAUCUCUUCCCACUAGGUUGAGAUCCCUGUCUGGACAUGGCUCUGGUGUCAGAGGGACAGCUCCUUCGUUUGGGCCCAGUAGCAGUAUAAUGGAACGAAUAGAGAAACUGUACGGGUCAACUGGUUCCGGCAAAACGGAUCACAGAGAAACAAGCACAGACUUAGUUUCGCCACAGCAGAGGUCAUAUGACAAGGCAUCAGGGGUAACCUUCCCCAGGCAUCUCGCAUCAGGAGAGAGAAGCAGUUCAACGCAAAGCAGGACAUCAUUCACCCCGACACAGAAAGACACUUCUGAGACUUCACUUUCCCCGGUUACAAGCAGCACCAGGGAGAGAUGGUCAGGGGUACAGUGGCCAGGACAGAUCCAGGGCAGGUAUUCAGAGGAAGGGGGAGGCAACUGGGGUAGAGGGUUAGAGGAAGUGGGCACAAGGUCUCUGGAUAGAGCGAGGAGCAGGUACUCUGUAGCAGCUCAGAUAAGAGCUGCAAGGGCGGCAGCAGGGAUUACCGCACCUCCACAGUCACACAUUUUCUUAGAAGAAGAGAGAUCUUCCUUUUUGAGAGAUUUCAGAGAGAGAAGAGCAAGUACGGAUUAUGGCGCGGUGAAUGGGACAUUGAGAGAACGAACUUGGCAGCUUGAAGAGCAGGAAAAAGAGACAGUUGACGGAGCAAUGAAGAGUAGCGACACAGAUGAAGACGUGUUUGAGUCAAACCCACAGAAAAUCACAACGAAAGCAACAGAGAGGAAGAAAUUCCCAGAGAGGUCGUCGGCUGACUCUGCAGCCAGCGUGAGAAAUAAGAUCAGUCAGUUCGAGGCUCUCACACAGAGAACCCAGGAUUUGGCUACAGGACAGGUCCAGAUGCCCAGGCGGGCCUUUUCUGUGCCAACACAACUCGGCAAGGCUCAUGAUGGAGUGAAAAGGGGCGGAUCAGCGAAAGCGAUUGGUGGAUUGAGACAAAAGUGGGAGGGAUUGAAAGAGGGAGAGGAGGCAGGUGAUAAAACUGAGGAGAAAGCGACAGGAGCAGGAAAGAAGCUCGGGUCAAAUAGGUCUCUAUCAGUGGACGAGUUUGGACUAAGAUUGGGGAGGAAAGAGAGGGAAGGGAAUGUGAAUGAAGGGAAAGAAAUAGCAGAUAGCGGUAACAGAUGUGCUGAAGAUUUUGGUAAUUAUUCCAGUUUCAAGAGUACGCUAGAAAUCCCAUUAAAAGGAGGAGCUCAAAGACUACGCAGAAACUUUUACAUAGAUGAGAAAGAUUUCUACCAAAUCUCAAGCCCUGAGGAGGCAAGUGAGAGACCGACACCCUCGCUACUGUCCAGCUCCAGUGACACCUUCGCUGGUGUGCAGAAAACAACACUGGUUAUUUCACCUGUUAGUGAUGAUGACAAGACUCCAACAAACUCUCCAUACAACUCACCCUUUGUUUCACCUACCACACAGCCAGAAAAGUCCACUCCCAUUGCAGAUACUUCUGUCCUCACACGAGCAGCCAAAGCUCCCGAACCAGUGUCGCCACCUUUCUCUCGCCCCUUCGCCACUUCAUCCCACAUCAACCUCCCAGAUCUCAUCUCUCCAGAUGUCAACACAGCCCUUCCAAAUGGGAAGAAACAGGUGCUGGACAUGGAUGCUUGGGUGGCUGGCUUGAACCCAAAGUUCAAGGUCUGGAAUGACGAUGAAGAUGAUUAUGAUGAUGAUGAUGAAAGCACACAGAGGGACGAGGAUUCAAACUAUGAUUCCGACUCCGGAGAGUCCUCUGUGACCAUCACUAGUAGUAUGAGCCAGUCCGAUCACAAGAGCUUCUGUGUUAGCCUUUCAGACCUGUGUAACUUUGCUGGAGUCGACUAUGAGUCGGAGAAUGACAGCGACGAGUGGCAACCUACAGGCCGUCGGACCGCCUCGCUGAGCUCAGACAUGUCGGUUCUGUCCUGUGUGUCUGUGAUGCCCAGCGAGGAGCUCGACAGGCUGCUGGAGGACGUCAGGAGCGUGGGGGACAGCAACCUGCAGGACUAUAAUGAUGUGCAGGUUGCGGUUCUCCAUAAGGACAUUGGAGUGGGACUGGGCUUCAGUUUGGCGGGCGGCGUGGACCAGAACAAGCCAGUCACUGUUCACAAGGUGUUUCACACGGGUGUUGCAUCUCAGGAAGGCUCCAUCAGGGAAGGGGACCAGGUCCUGUCAAUCAACGGCACGGCGCUGUGCGGCUACGCCCACUGGGAGGCCCUGAGGGUCCUGAGGAGAGCGAAGGCUCGGGAGAUGGGGGUGGUGGUCCUGAGGAGGGGAGAGAUUAGCAGCGUCUGUAAGGGGGGACAGUCUGUGAGGGGAGCGCAGACAAACACUCAGGGACCAACACAGACUCCGUACACUGAGACAGGUGAGCUUAUGUGUGUGCGUCUGGAGAAGAACAACAGGGAUCUGGGCUUCAGUCUGGAGGGAGGUGUAGACUCCAAUCGGGGGAACAGACCACUCACUGUUCAGAAGAUCUUCCAGGGAGGUCCUGUUGACAAGGUGCGACCUGGUGAUGAGCUCGAGGAGAUUGAAGGAAUAAGCGUGGUGGCGAUGAGACGCCUGGAGGCCUGGACUCUGAUCAGAAAACUGCCCUCUGGGCCUGUGGACGUUGUGAUUCGUCGCCCUCUUAAACAUUUGGAAACAUGAGGAUUAUUGAGGUGCUUUGAGCCCAGGAGAGCUCAGUGAUGAUGACGGACAAGAAACUAAAAACCAUCCAUUAGUGGCUAAGAAUUUGACAUGGAUUAAGCUAUCUACCUCAAGGCCGUGCACCAGCCAUAAUUAAAGUGCACUGAUGGCUUAUACAUUUGUCAAGUCAACCCACCUUUGUUACAGAUUAUUUGGUCAGCUAAAAGCUAACAAUGUGGUGCCUGUAAAUGAAAACGCAUGUUGUAAUAUAUUGUGAAUAUAAGCUAACUGCAUUAAGAGUUUUAUAUUGCUUUUUAAUAAAUCCUAACUUUAA